UUCUCGUCCUCUCCUGAAGGGUCGAUCGACCUCAUGCCUCUUCCCCUUCCAAUCGAUCUCAUCUCGACGCCUCCCGCUCCCGGUAACGGCGCCGGCGAGCCAACGACAGGGAUCCCAGCCUACGGCGUGACGCGGAGCGCGCACUGGAGGACGACGUGGAGCGCGACCGCGCCGAGGCCGCAGACGAGGAGGGCGAGCAGGACGAUGGCAUUGGUGUUGAACGACACGGUGACUGGACCGCCGCCGCCAUGGCCGUUCUCGGCGGCCAGCAGAGCGCGCUUAUCGGUCGUCGCCAUGGCCGGCAGUGGCAAUGGCCGGCAAAAGUGUUGUAAUCUAGAAGAAAAGGCAGCCAAACAGGGUUGCAGGAUACUUUAUGCAGUGGUGCAAUAAAUCUAUGAUCAAGAGUCUUUCGUCCUACUUUAGGUGGUGUACGUAGCUAGUUCCUAUAAACUUCUGUUAUAGAAAUUUAUGUGAUGUCUUUUUAUUAGUUCAACUCAUUUCUUU